AUGGCGCCCGCAACUGCGACUACGACUGCGACACCGACGGGGGAGCGGCGGCAAUGCUGGGAGUGUCGCCGCCGCCGCCUCGUCUGCGACUCUGCACGACCGGCCUGCAACAAGUGCCGUGCAGCCGGAACCGAAUGCCCUGGUUACAGUGGGAACAAACCGCUCAAGUGGAUUACCCCGGGAAAGGUUAAAUCCCGGAAUAGGGGGAGACCGUCGAGUACGGCCAAGGGUCGCGCUGCGGCAUCAGAUGCGGCACCUUCUCCUUCGUCGUCCUCCAGCUGUUCCUCUCGUUCUUCAUCUGCUACUCUUAUGACUGCACAGUCCAAUCCUAGUACCAAUUCCCAUCUUAAUGAUAAUCAUAAUGCCUCUUUCUCCAUUCCGGUUGCCCCUGCCAUACCCGAUCCCCCGGGACCGACUGCGGCGGCCGCUAGUAGGGCCAGCUUUGAUAGCAGCGGCUCCAGUGCGACGUGGAGUCCGAGAACCGACAGUCUGGAUGAGCCAAUCGGCAGUCCGACUAACGUGUUGUUUGGAGAUCCAAGCGCGGGGAUCUUCCAGCAGGCGCAGACGGGCAAUCUUGUGGACCCGAUGCUCUUUAUUCAAGACCUGGGAGCAGAAGCCCGCGACUUUGUCAAUACCGUCCUCUAUUUCAAUACCUGCGUGUACCCCGACGUGGCGGCGAUGCAUGAUCUGCCGCCCAACCCGUAUCUCGAUCGGUUCCCGACGGUGGCGCUCCACCAAAUGCCGUUGUCCGUAUGCCACACCAUCGCCUAUUUCGUCCUGGGCCAGCGGCUGCAACGGUGUGGCUCAAGUGAGGCAGACGAGUUCUUGACUCGGGAGCGUUCGCGGCUCUAUCACCAUCGCGGCGAAGCUAUGCGGUGUCUCGGCGAGGAUAUCGCCAACGCCACGACGCAGUGCAAUGACGCCACCAUCCUCAGCGUAUUGAUGUUUUUAUUCGCAGAUGUGCGCCAGUUCGCGGCUCCAUAUUGGCGGUAUCAUCUCACCGGUGCCACGCAGCUGAUCCUUCUACGAGGCGGCCUGCGAAAGCUCAUGCGGUCGUCAAUGGCCCUACGGCCUUCUUUGCUUUACUUCAUGAUCAUCGGGGUUAUGGGCAACACCACUAGUCCCGCAACUAAUCAAAUCCCCGCCACCUCUAGCCUAGAUCUCAUCGACUUGAUGGCCGAGUCCUACGGCGAGGGCUUUUUACCCUCCCUUUGCUGCCCGCCCACUCUGAUGCUCGAUAUCAUCCGCAUCAAUCACCUGCGGCUCCAAGGCUCCUCUAACCCCGCCGACGAAUUCAUCCAUCUCAGCGCCACCACCCUCCUUGAACAGAUCCAGGCUUUCGCGCCGGAGCAAUGGGUCGUCACCAGCAGCUCUCCUCGGGAGGAAUGGAGUCUGCUCGGUCGCAUCUACCAAUCCGCCAUUGUAAUCUACUGCAUUUCCUCGCUGCAAAGUGUCGGCGUGUUGCCCUACACUGCCGAUCUUGUCUCCGUGCGCGCCGCCCAUGGCAGCCGCCUCUGCCUCCUGCUGCGGAAAGCCCUGGCCUCCCCCAUGGCGCGGAAAGGCAUGACAUGGCCACUCGUUGUUGCCGGCGCACAAGCGAAAGGCAGCAGUGCUGGUAUGCGUACCUUUGUCGAAACUUCUCUUACCGACAUUGGCCGUGACCUCGCAACGCCGAUCCCCGGAACUGCACGAGACAUUCUGAAGGUAUUCUGGGAGUCCGGGGGUGACGAAUGGGAUGCCUGCUUUAAUCAGCCAUAUGCGUUUGUAUCAUAA